AUGGAUCCUGCUUGCAAACAGUGUACAGGUUCAGGCACGUUCCUGAAAUGUAUCGUUUCUCCCGAAUAUGACUCGAAUGGCACUACCCGAGCUUUGUUCCAGGGCGCUUGUGCCAACUGUCUUUGGCACGGAAAGGGUUCGACGUGCGAGUUUUACCUUGGUCGGAACAAACAAUGGGACUCCGGGGAUGAUAUGGCGAUCCUGCAAGCCGGCGGUUUGCUCAAGCUAUGGAAUGACGGAGCUGUCUUGCAAGAUAUGCCACCAGGUGAAAGCGUCGAUGAUUCCGCCGAACGACAGUCGGUCGCUUCCAAUCGUACUCCUCUCAAGUCGGCCACCGUACCUCAUUCGACCCGAUGCUGA